UAAUGUAUUUCCGGGGAAAGAGGCUGCUUCUUCCUGUCCCGGCCACCAACGUGCUGAGUGCUUUGAGGCCCGCAAUUUUGAGCGCAACGGUUUGGGGUUGCCAUGACGACUUGAGCGGGACCGAACCAAGGCCUAUGCAGCAGGGGUGCACAAUGAAGGUGCCAGUUGUGGUCAUCCGCCUGCCUCAUGGACCCGACGGGUCAAGCCGCGGCUUCGAUCCCAACUCUCCCCGUUUCCAGGCCCUUGGUCCUGCCAGCCUCUCCUCUGGGAGCACAGCAGACCUAGAGCAGGAGCAGCGAAGUCGUGUGACGCUUCGAGAACGCUACCUGCGCAGCCUCUCGGCCAUGGCUGGACGGCCCGUCAGAUUCACCAUGUACGAGAGGGUCAAGGUCGCAGCUUUGUUUGGAGCGUCCGACAUCGACAUCCUGAAUUUCCAGGUCUCCGAGCUACAGACUCCACUAGGGAUACAGAGAGAAGCGCUGCUCCGAUGUUCGGACAUCAUCGCAUACUCCUUUGAGCUUUGACAGCUCUGCCUUUUUACUAUUAAAUCACCUUUUAUAAGCAA